UGUUACAUGGCGGCUGCUCAAGUAAAGGUCUCUCCAGCUAUUACCGACUCUGCAGAAACGGCACUUGAGCCAAUUUUUCAAAUGGUUGUUAACGGUGAUUUGGAAGGAUUAAUCAAUUCCUACCUUGGUCACGAGAACUUUCGACAUCUUGAUGAGCUUGGCAACAAUUUGCUGCAUUAUGCUGCAAAGUAUGACAAAAGAGAAAUGGCAAGAGGAAUUGCCGCAAUCACUGCUAAAGAUGCUUUAUGGGCAUGGAAAAAUAAUGCUGGUGACACUCCCAUCGAUGUAGCAAGUUCGAGAAUAAAAAGAGAUUUGCUGCUGAUUUCGAGGAAGGGUGCGCCGAUAGCAGAUCAUCACACGAAUUACAAUAACCGUUUAGUUAAAGAAAAGAUAAAAAACGCAGACGAGAACCACAAGGUGAUUCUCAGUUUUGAUGGAGGAGGUAUCAAGGCUAUACUGGAGACCGCAAUUUUGAAAGCAAUAGAAGAAGAACUAGGUGAGCCGUUGCUCAAUCGAGUGCACUGGAUAGGUGGUACCAGCUGUGGUGGAAUCAUUGCUGUCACUCUUGGUUUAGGGCUUAGCAUUGAGCAAUGCAAAAGGAUAUUUAUGUGCGCUCGUCGUCAAACUUUUUGUGGCAACAAUAUGAUGUUUCCAAAACAUAACUCGCGUGGAAUAGAAGAAUUACUCAGGCAGACCUAUGGGCCGCAGACAACAAUGGCCAGCCUCAAACAACAGAAGGUUCUUGUAACCGCUGCAAAGAUCAAAUCUGCCCCUCCGCAGCUAGUGUUAUUCCGAAGUUAUGCGCCCAGAGUAACACCAAGGGAGUAUGAAAAAUAUGGCUACAUGAAUCCUGAAAAGAUUCUAGUUUGGAAAGCGGCUAGAGCAACUUCAGCGGCUCCGGUAUUUUUCGAAUCUUUCCAUGGUCUCGCUGAUGGUGCAAUAUUCUGUAACAAUCCUUGUCUCACAUUGCUGACUGAGUUUUUCCGUCUUCAAAAAAUUGAAAGGCACAAGAAUCUUAAAAACGAUGACAAAGUAGGCUGCGUGAUAACUAUUGGAAGUGGUGCGGAACCGUCACUUCAGUUAGGAGGAAUUGACAUCAACUUAAGCAGUCCCUUUGCUCUUGGCAAAGAUUUUAUGAACAUUUUUGGCAAAGGCAAGAAUCUUAUUACGCUCUUUAUGUACCAGUGCACAUCGUCUCAUGCAGUAUCGGUUGGCCAAGCAAGAGAAUGGGCUCAUUCGCUCGGAAUACCAUACUUUCGUUUCUCACCGCGGUUAUCACGUGCUUACGAUUUGGACAGUAUUGCAGCUGAAGGAAUUUUUGACUUCUGGUUUGAGACUGAGGUUUAUCUCAAAACCCAAGCACAUCAGGAGAUCGUCAAUCUUUGCCGUCUACUGAGAUCUAUGCCGAAAGCGGGUGUGCAAAAAUACAGCCAAAGCAAAUCUUCUUAACUCAAAAAUUCAACAUCCUAACAACAUUCGCC